UGUUUUGAUUGGCAUGCGUUUGGCCAGCAAACAUACACAUGCGUCACAAAUAGUUUGCAUUCUGCUGGUUAGAUCCUACUCUGGACUAGCAGCUAAUUUAGUCCCUGAAACGUGGGGUCCCGGUUCUAAAAUCAUCCCCAGUUCCUGUGGUGCCAACAGCAAAAUGCCCUAUUAGGACCUUUUUAAAGGGUACUCUUGCCCCAGUAACAGCUAUUGUGAUUUUAUAUGAGCUUUAGACUGCAUAAAUGACUUAUUUGAUUCUUAAAUCAUUUACUUUGUACUUUGUCAUCCAGGAGUGGAGGAACAGUCAAUGAAUGUGUAGCUUGAUGCAUUUAUAAAUAUUUACAGCUGAUCAGAAUCCAUUACAUUCAACACUGUGGAAUUACAGCGAUCUGGAUAUCAAGACUCUACAGGAGCGCUGGAAACACUUUAAAGUUAUGAGCGGAUCAGACGGACAGAUACAGGAGAGAGGAUACUGGGGAAGUAAAGCGGAGUUUAUUCUGUCUGUAGCAGGGAUUGUGAUUGGUCUGGGUAAUGUUUGGAGAUUUCCAUACCUCUGCUACAAGAAUGGAGGAGGUGCGUUUCUGAUACCCUACCUGGUGUUUGUGGUUACCUGUGGGGUUCCUCUGUUCCUUCUAGAGACGGCAAUGGGACAGUACACAAGGGAAGGUGGAAUUACAUGUUGGCAUCGCCUCUGUCCACUAGCUGAGGGUAUUGGUUAUGCAGGACAGCUGUUGGUGCUGUACAGCUGUAUUUAUUACAUCAUCAUUCUGGCCUGGGCGCUCUUCUAUCUCUUCUUCUCUUUUAGCUCUCAGCUGCCAUGGGCCAGCUGUAACAACACCUGGAAUACAGAUGACUGUGUUAAUCUUGCUGCAAAGAAUCCUGUGAACUGGACAACAAAAAUGAAUUCUACCUCUGCAACUACUGAGUUCUGGGAACGCAGAGUGCUGUCUAUCUCUGGUGGGAUUGAACAGAUGGGUAAAAUCAACUGGGAGAUUCUUCUGUGUCUCAUCGCAAUGUGGAUCAUAUGUUAUUUCUGUGCCUGGAAAGGAGUCAAAUCUACAGGGAAGGUGGUGUAUUUUACAGCCACAUUUCCUUAUGUGAUGUUACUGGUGUUGUUGAUUCGUGGGUUGACUCUUCCUGGAGCCGUACAGGGGAUCAUGUUUUACCUGUACCCUGAACCGUCCCGUCUCUCUGACCCACAGGUUUGGAUGGAGGCAGGAUCUCAGAUCUUUUUUUCUUAUGGUUUGUGUACAGCCUGUCUCACUGUAUUAGGCAGCUACAAUAAAUACAACAACAACUGCUACAGGGACUGUUUGUGGCUUUGCCUUCUGAACAGUGGUACCAGUUUUGUUGCUGGUUUUGCUGUGUUCUCAGUCCUGGGUUUCAUGGCCCAUCAGCAGGGCGUCCCCAUCGAGAUGGUGGCAGAAUCAGGUCCAGGUCUAGCGUUUAUAGCUUAUCCACAGGCAGUAGCUAUGAUGCCUUUCCCUCAGUUGUGGGCUGUGUGUUUCUUCAUCAUGAUUAUUUUGCUGGGCCUAGAUACACAGUUUGUUGCGAUGGAGGUUUUUAUGACGUCAGUGACAGACCAGUUCCCCAUGGUGCUGCGCAAAGCUGGACGACGAGAAAUCUUCCUCCUGCUAUUCUGUCUUGGCUGCUUCUUUAGUCAACUUAUCAUGGUUACCGAGGGGGGGAUGUAUGUAUUCCAGAUGUUUGACUACUAUGGUUACAGUGGAGCAAGUCUUCUUUUCAUUGCUGUAUUUGAAUCUUUAGCCAUGGGUUGGAUCUUUGGUGCUGAGAAAAUGUUUGACAUCAUUGAAGACAUGACAAAGACGCGACCCAACUACAUAUUCAUGCUGUGCUGGAAAUACCUGACUCCUCUUGUGUCCAUGGUGUCUCUUGUCUGUUCUCUGGUACAGUACAAGCCCCUGACAUAUAACCGCUGGUAUGUGUACCCGGACUGGGCGUAUGUACUUGGCUGGUUACUGGCCCUGUCCUCCAUUUUGCUGGUACCUGGAUGGGCACUGGGCAGACUGAUUACUGAAAAAGGGAGCCUAAAUCAGCGCUGGCAUCACCUGUGUACUCCAGAUACAACGCUCCCUCUCACCUGUAAGCAGCUGGCUGAAAUACAGCAAACAACUUGUGCUGCAGAAAUGGAAGACUUAGUCAAGACCGAGCAAAACUAACAAAAGUAUUUAAGAGAUUUCUGUUUAAUAAAAUCUUUCUUCAUUACUAAGCUUCUUGAAGGUUAGCCUCUUAGACUCAAUGGGGUGGUUUUCCGGACAGGGUUUAUCCUAGUGGGUGAUUCUCGCGAAAUUAGACUUAUGAGGUGUCAUGAAACAUUUUGAUAAAAAAAGUAAAUGCUAUCAAAAUAAGAAGCAUACAGUUACAAACAUCUCUUCAUGAUUUCAAAUGGCAUCAUACAAACAAAUUUUGUUGUUUUUUUUCCACAUUUAAGGGGAAAAUGUUCAUACCCCAAUGGGUCCAUGACUGGAUUUGGGUUAUUUGACAUGGAAAUAUUUAUAAUUAAAAAAAUAAAAAAAUAAAAAGCUUCAGUGCAUGUUAUACUACAAAUUGUUACAGUUAAGAAACAUGUGGUAUUUGGUGAUCAUUGAUAAAUGUCGAGACAAUAAUAAGGAAUAUAAAUGUGUCCAAGACCAAUUUUCUCAUCCUCCGCAGCAAUUUUCAAUCAUUGUUUAAGCCCUCAAUAAAUUAAAGGCGGAGUGCACAAUGUUUGAAAAACGCUUUGGAAAAGGAGACGGGCCGACUAACAAAACACACUUAUAGCCAAUAAGCAGUAAGGAGCGUGUCUACUAACCGACAUCCUUGCCGGGUUGCGUAUGUGUGGGGUGGGUCUUGUAAAAGAAGGUCCAGAUUCUAUUGGGGUAGGGGCGUGUUUGUUUAGGUUAUAUCAAAUAUCAACAUUGGCUUUCAAACAUUGUGCACUCCGCCUUUAACAUUAAAAAAAAAAUUUGACAGACAUAAUUGACUUUGACACUCAAGAUGGCUGCCAGGUAAGCAGUUCUUAUUUUUUCUCCAGAUAAAAGUUGAAAUUUUGUUUGUCAUAGUACCUAGAUAAAUUUUUAGUUCUCAUUACCGAAACAUGAGUUUGUAAAUGCAUAUAUUUAAUGUAAUAUCAUGUUGCGGUAAUGAUAAUUUUUUAUAAUGAUAAUCUAAAAAAUGUAAAUAAUUCUAUAAUAAAUAUUUUUAAAUCUUCUAAAAUAGUUAUAGUAAGUUCAGACCUUAAUCUUAUAUGUGCAAAAAAAAUUGGCUUCAAGGGCUUUUUAAAAUUUUUUGAUGCUGGACACCUUCGUGAGAAUCACCCUAGUCCAGUGCUUCUCAAUUAUUUUCUGUCACGCCCCCCCCAAGAAGAAGUAAACAUUUCGCGACCCCCCAACUCUCCGCCGCGACUGUAAAUAGUAUAAUUUGUCUAUAAAAUUACACAUCUGCAAAACAUUGUAUCCUUAUUAACAUUGAGAAAACACAAAAAGAAAACAAAAAAAGAAAUAUCGAUCAACUUACAACAAAGAAUAACAUAGUUUUUUAGUCUGUAACAGAAAAGACUUAAAAUGCAUCAAUUUGCCUGAAAUAAAAAAAUCAAUCCUUAUAUAAAGUAUAAUAUUUUUUGACCAUUUGAUACUGAAAAAUGUAAUUAAAUAUAAUCAAUACAUAAUAAUAAUAAUAAAAAAUCAAGUGGCUUAUCAGCGUGAUUGGGGUGUAAUGUCUUUAAGUGACGGUGCAAAAAAAUCACUUCCUGAAAAAGUAUUUUCCCCGGGGGCUCGUGAGCCCCCCCCUGGGGGUCCCGCCCCACUAUUUGAGAAGCACUGCCCUAGUCCCAGACUAAAAUGCAUGUUUGAACUGCCCUGAAAACUACCUAAAUGUCCUAAUAUAACUAAGGCGUAGUCCUGGGGCCUCAUUUAUAAAGCGUUUUUACGCACAGAUUUGAUCUUAGACCGUGCGUACGCUCAAAUCCACUCCAAUGCUCAGAUUUAUAAAACUCGUCUUUGACGUGGAAAAGUACUUACCUCCACGUCAGGUUCCGACUUGACGUACGCACGUUUCCUUGUGGCAGUAUUGCAGGUAGGCAUAUUCGAAACUUUUACAGCAUCAGCAUCAUCUGUAUUAGAGCUUAUUGGGCCUAAAAAAAAAACAUAACCGAAGCCCCUACACAUUGUGUCCGAAUCUGACCCGACCGACAAUUUAACUGUAAUUAUAAGCCCGAUAGCAAUUUAAACCCGACAAUGUUUUAAUAGUGCGCCAUGACGUUCUCAGCUACAAUUCAGAGUUGUUUGAACUACAGAAAUCUGUUCAGAAUUAUCUUAAUGAACUAAUGCAACAAGGACGAAGCAUGCAAACCGCGCUGUUGAUUUAUGCAGAAUAGGAAUAAAAACAUGCAACAAUGAUGCACACAGAAAAUGAACAAGAAGGAAAGGCAUACUACUCCAAAAUAAUUUAACAAGGUUUUAGAAUAUAUUUUAAACAAAAUAUGUUGGCCUAUUUUGAUAUUUUAAUAAAAUGUGUCCAUAGGUUCAGGAAAUGAUUUUCUAGUUCGUCACCUGUUCAAAAAAUAUAAAACAAAUAUAGCAAAAUUGU